AACUUACAAGUGGAGUUAGUCCAUUUGAUCAAUUUAAUCAGCUCUCUAUUCUUUUUUUAAUUUUAAACAAUAAAAGAGAAAAAACUAUUACUAGAACACCCCAAGCUUAUGCUGACCUUUACAAAAAAUGUUGGUCUACUGAGCUGGAUGAACGUCCAGCAUUGGUCGAUAUUUUACGAAAUCUUAAUCAGCUAUCAGAAGAAAAUUGUGUAGAAUUUAUUACAAAUGUUAUAAAUGUUGAUGCACAUUCUAGUGAAAAUGCAAGAAGUUUCUCAAAACAAAAUAUUGCAAAUUUAGCAAAUUUAUAUUGGAAAUUUAUCACAG